GGUAAAAUCGGAGCUUCCGUCGAGGAGUUUCGGCUUUUUCCGUAACUGCCGAGCUGUCACAUAACAACAACCCACAGGGAAGGUUACCGAUCGUGGAAAAGAAUGAGCCUACAAUCUGUUCACAAGCAUGGCAUAGUUCGACUGCAAAUUACAAGAUGCACAUCGUCGAUUUCUUGUCAGGUUCAGUUGCAGGGGCCUGUGGAGUGGCUGUGGGCUACCCCUUGGACACUGUGAAGGUACAGUAGGUUCGGAUCCAAACCCAGAGACAGUUCACUGGAGUGUAUCAGUGUGCAGUGGAGACAUUUUCUAAAGAAGGAGUGCAUGGCUUCUUUAAAGGCAUGUCCUUACCAAUGGCCACAGUCUCUCUAACGUCCUCAGUAGUGUUUGGCACAUACAGGAACUGUUUGCAGUGCAUGAAGCAGGCACGGGGAGCUGAUUGGGCUCCGAACACCAAACUAGAAGUCUUCCUGGCUGGAAUGGCAGGAGGUGUGGCUCAGAUCUCUGUGAUGGCUCCAGGUGACAUUGUUAAGGUACGUCUACAGUGUCAGACGGAGUCCAUGCGAAAGGGAACCAAUGCGCCCAGGCCAAAGUAUCACGGCCCACUUCACUGCCUGCUGAGCAUCAUCAGAGGUGAAGGAGUUACAGGGCUCUACAGAGGAGCUCUCCCACUCACACUGAGAGACGGACCUUCAUACGCCACAUACUUCUUGACUUAUACAACCAUCUAUGAAUGGCUGUCAGGCGGCAGCAUGAAAAGUUUGGACUGGAGUAGCGUGAUGCUAGCUGGUGGGAUAGCAGGGAUAGCAGGCUGGACUGUAGGAACACCAAUGGAUGUUAUCAAAGCUCGUCUGCAGGUGGACGGAGCGCGGGAGAUGAAGCGUUACACGGGUUUUGUCCACUGCAUCGUUGAGACUGUGAGAGUGGAGGGAGCCGGGGUUUUCUUCAAGAGCUUAGGUGUCAACUGUCUACGUGCAUUCCCAGUGAACAUGGUUGUGUUUGUCACCUAUGAGGUUCUCUCUGGUUCUCAUCGAACUGGGCCUGAACGUGUUGAACCGCCUCCUUUAGGGUUGGAAUAGCAAAGAUUUAUCUGAAUUCAUAUAUAUCCAUACUCAUAUAGUUGUGGUCAGAGGUCCUGGGUCUCCCUUUAGGCCUCCUUCCAGUCAGACGUGCCCAGAAAACCUCACCAGGGAGGUGUCGAGGAGGCAUCCUAAUCAGAUGCCCGAGCCACUUCAACUGGUUCCUCUUGAUGUGGAGGAGCAGCAGAUCUACUUUGAGGCCCUCCCGGAUGGCCGAGCUUCUCACCCUAUCUGUAAGAGAGAGCCCAGCCACUCGGCAAAGAAAACUCAUUUUGGCCACUUGUAUCCGCAAUCUCGUUCUUUCGGUCACUACCCAAAGCUCAUGACCAUAGGUGAGGGCAGGAACUAGGGAUGCAACAAUACCACUUCUUUCCAAACCGAUACAAUACCAAUUGUAGGAGCCAAAAAUGAGGAUGUUUUUUUUUUGUUAAUGUGUAUUGAUUUGCAUAUUGGGAGUUGGUGUGUCACUGGGUGCGUCCUUGAGCUACUUAUCUUCACCUGUCGCAGUUCAUUAGAGACUGAUGGCAGGAAGGAUGAUAGCGGGGUGAGUUUGGGUGAAAUAAUUUUGUUGACCGUUUACCUGAAUACUGCGUAAUCAUGUGCUGAUCAAUUAUCAUGUUACAAUUUUGAUGUGGAACGAAUAAAGAAGACGUCAACACAG